CACAAAAAACGACUUCAUGCCAUAGAUCCGUUUUACUCAAAUCCACUUCUCUACCCACCCGACCCGAAAUCCCCAACGACCACCACACCACACAACCACAAAACACACGCACACACUCAUCCAAAAAACAAAUAGAAAACCGUUUGACGCGAAAUGGAUCAAACCGAAGGAGAGUCCAUAAUACUCUCGGACCGAGUUCUGGUCAACGGCGCAGUCACGCCGGUGACACUCACCGCCAGCGGAAAACUCCGGUGGUCGGGGGGCGUCGGAAUCCAGAGCUGCUUGGCGGUGGAGAAGGAGGUCCUCGGUUUUUGCACCGAAGGUUCCAGAAUCAAGAUCAGGACCGUCGUUGAGAGUGGAGAUGGAAUCUGCUGCUUCGGGAGCAGAGGAACUCCCGUGAGGAAGACCUUCGCGUUCGAGACUAUGUCUGACGAGUUGCUUGGACUUUGGUGCCAAAAGCUCCGAGAGUACAUCGAUUCUCUAGGUCGGCCAAAGAAGCUAUUUGUUUUUGUAAAUCCAUAUGGGGGGAAGAAAUCUGCAUCUAAGGUAUUCCUUGAUGAUGUGAAACCACUGCUAGAGGAUGCUAAUGUUGAAUUUACAGUGCAAGAAACAAAAUAUCAGCUUCAUGCAAAGGAAAUUGCCCUAACAUUGGAUCUAUCAAAGUAUGAUGGAAUAAUUUGUGUGAGCGGGGAUGGAAUCUUGGUUGAGGUAGUAAAUGGACUACUUGAGAGAGACGAUUGGGAUGCUGCAAUAAAAAUGCCUCUUGGAAUAGUCCCUGCAGGUACUGGAAAUGGCAUGGCAAAAUCCCUUCUGGAUUCAGUUGGUCAUCCUUGUACAGCAUUUAAUGCUAUUCUUGCCAUUAUUCGAGGGCAUAAGUGUUCAUUGGAUGUAGCUACAAUCUUGCAAGGGCAGACUACAUUCUUUAGUGUCUUGAUGCUUGCAUGGGGUCUGGUGGCAGAUAUCGACAUUGAAUCUGAGAAGUAUAGAUGGAUGGGGAGUGCUCGUAUAGAUUUCUAUGCUGUUCAACGGAUAUUUCAUCUUAGGGAGUACAAUGGGAGUAUUUCAUUUGUGCCUGCUCCCGGCUUUGAAGCUCAUGGAGAGCCAAGUGAACAGAAAGGUGAAUUCAUGGGCAAAGACAUCUGCAAUCCAAGCCAUGAUGAGUCUAGUAAGAUUCAGAAGUGUGGCUACCAAGGUCCCCGUGAUGACUCAGAGAACUUAAAUUGGAGGAAGAUUAAUGGUCCAUUUGUAUCAGUCUGGCUCCAUAACGUACCAUGGGGUGCUGAAAACACCAAGGCAGCACCUGAUGCCAAGUUCUCAGAUGGAUAUUUGGACUUGAUUAUCAUUAGGAGUUGCCCAAAGUGUGCGUUGCUAUCGUUGAUGACUGAACUCAAUAAUGGAAAUCAUGUCAAAUCACCACAUGUCUUGUACCUAAAGGUGAAAGCAUUUGUUUUGGAGCCUGGUCCAAGAGUUGACGACGCAACAAAGGAAGGGAUUAUAGACUCUGAUGGAGAGGUCUUGGCCAGAGGGAAAGGAACAUACAAUUCUGACCAGAAGGCCCUGAUGGACUACAAGAAGCUCCAAAUAACAGUGGAUCAAGGUUUGGCUACUUUAUUUACCCCUGUUUGAAAUUUUAUCAUCAUUUUUCCUCUAUCCGGUUUUGUCGUUCCACAGAAUGUUAACUUUAAAAAAAAGGGUUCUGGAACCAAUGAUAAUUCUGUUUGUAAAGAGUCAUGCAUAGAGAAAACAGAAAAAUAAAAGACACAUCUUUUUUUUACUGUAUCUGAAAAGUUAUUUGUUAAACUGACUUUGUAUCAUUGCUACAAGUUUUCUGGGUUUUUUUGCCGCUUUAUUUUCUAAUUUGAACCGAGUUCACGGGCAGGGUGCAGAUCUA